AUGGACAACAAUGAAAAGGGCCAUGGACCCACCUACAACGAGGACGAAGCCCGUCUCGCUGCUUUGGGCUACAACCAAAACAUGAAGCGCCAGUUCUCUGGUCUUCAGAACUUUGGAUUCACUCUGACAAACUCGUCGGUGUUGAUCGGAAUUGUACCCCUGUUCGGGUUCGGAAUGGCCACUGGAGGUCCCGUCGCCAUCAUCUGGGGCUGGUUGUUGGUCGCCUUCUUUGUCAUGUUUAUUGGAUUGGGCAUGGCUGAGAUUUGUUCGACUUUCCCCACUGCUGGUGGGUUGUACUUCUGGACCGCCAAGCUUGGUGGUCCCAAGUGGGGUCCUAUGUUCUCGUGGUAUGAGGCCUGGUUCAACAUGCUCGGACAAGUCGCUGGAUGCUCAGGAUCGGUGCUGGCAGCAGCAACGUUCAUGAACACAUUGAUUAGGGUCUGGCAACCCUCAUGGGAGCCCAGCGGCACAAAGAACUUUUACAUCAUGGCAGCCCUGAUGAUCACUGCAGGAUUGAUCAACUCUGCUGGAGGACGAGCCCUCAAGGUUGCGUCAUUGGUCUCGGUUGUGGUCCACAUUCUCGGCACCAUUGUAGUUGUCAUCACAGUUCUUGUUGGAGCCCCCAAGUUGCAGAAUGCCAAUUUUGUGUUCACAGAGUUCAAGGAUUACACUGGCUACACUACCCAGUCCUCGGCCAGCCCUGCUUUUGUGUUCAUGCUUGGUCUCUUGCAGUCCCAAUGGUCCAUGCUUGGAUAUGAUGCCUCCGCUCACAUGUCAGAGGAGACCGAAAAGUCAUACGUCAACGGACCCCGCGGCAUCCUCAUGUCGAUCUUUGCCUCAGUCUGCAUCGGUUUGGCGCUGGCGCUGGCCAUGACAUUCGGAAUCCAGGACUACGACACUACCCUUAACAGCAUCUACGGCGCUGCCCCUCAGAUCUUUCUCGACUGUGCUGGCAAAGUAGGUGGAUCGAUUUUCAUCUUUAUCAUCGUCUUUGCUGGUUUCUUGUGCGGUGUUGCAACGGUCGCAGCCAACUCGCGCAUGAUUUACGCGUUUGCUCGGGAUGGCGGAUUGCCCUUCUCUCCAUUCUUCUCGGUCUUGGAUCGCCGCACCCAGAUGCCAUUGAGACUUGUCUGGUUGUCGGUCGCGAUCAUUAUCGUGCUUGCCCUACCCUCCCUCGGAUCUGAGGCAACUCUUAGUGCCAUCUCAGGAAUCUCCAUCAUCGGAUUCACCGUCUCGUACGCCAUCCCCAUCCUCCUCCGUAUCACCGUCGGAGCCGAGACCUUUGUCCAGCAUGAAUUCAACCUGGGUCGGUUCUCCAAGCCCAUCGGUUGGAUCGCCUGUGUCUGGACGGGCUUUAUUUUUGUCAUCUUUAACCUCCCCCAGUCCUGGCCUGUCGAUAACAUGGACCAUUUCAACUUCACGCCUGCGGCAGUUGGGUUCUUGUUGAUCUUUACAACGCUUACUUGGUUCCUGAGUGCACGGCAUUGGUUCAAGGGGCCGGUCUCUGAGAUUGCACUCCAGGAACUUGAUGGUGUGGUCCCUAUUGAGGCAAAGUAA